AUGGGUGUUACAUUGCGCAGCCGGUCCUCCCGAGACGUCAAGUUCCCGAUUGUCUGCACUGCAGACAUCGAUUCCCAAGCCUUGAGGGACCUCCUCUCCCACGAUGUACUCGUACUGGUAGCCAAAAGGGAUCUAUCAGAGCUGAUAUCGAACCGAGAUGACGAUAAGCUUGACUCGUUCGCAACUCCCUUCACCGCAGAUCUCCCAGAUGCCUACGAUUCACUCGGUGAAUUUAUGGACGCAGCCAAGUCGAGACAACAUGGCGACAUUAGCCAUAAAUCGUUCGUCAUUCUUGACGAGACGACAGCGGAAGAUGGGAAAACUUGCCAAAUCGCAGUAGAUGGACGAGAAGACGAGCAGAGUAAUGAAAUCCAAAUUGCUUUCCGGUGUGAACUAGCAUCCGCCACCCACGGCCUCGCAGCCAUCGAAGCAGCUUCAGAAAAUCAGCUCAAAAAAGUUAUACGCGACCUGCGAAAUGAAGCCGCAAUGGUUGGCGGAGUUUGGAGCAAGCAACGGGUGGAUGAGUUUCGAUCCAGACCCAACCGUAUAAAUGUCGGCGACUACCCUCCCCAUGAAAACUGGGACGGAGGUAGCGGGCCAGAAAAUCCAGACACGGACAUUCCCUACUUUCCCAUCUUCCAAACCGCAGAAAUCAGCCUCGAGACUCUAAACCAAUUCCUCAAAGAGACUUGUGACCAGGACUGGGGCGACGAAGACAUCGCAGGACCCUCCAUGGCCUUUGUUACUUCCAUCAGCGAAGCACCAUUUCACUCGGGUAAAGCAGACACGCACCUAGAUUCAGCGCCUAAAGUGCCAUCCGUCCUAUUUGGAGCCUCGGCCGUUGAAUGCGAUGCCAUUGUGCGCAGUCGCUUCCCGGGUGGAUCAGAGAUGAAUUACAACUUGUUCAUUGUUCUAGAUGAGCUUACUGAGAAGGAAAAGACGGUUCUUGUUGCGGCGAACAAUGAGCUAGAUGGCCAGUUGCUGCUGGGAAGGACUGACUUCCAGUCCGCUUUGACUGUCUUGGUGGCGCCUUCAGAUACCAGCUUAACUGUAGAUAGCCAGAUCAACAGUGCUGUCACCGAGGGCUCGGGCAUCAUAUAUGAUGACUGA